GCGCGCCCGUGCGAGCUCUCGGUGCAGGACCUCAACGACCUGCUCUCGGACGGCAGCGGCUGCUACAGCCUCCCGAGCCAGCCCUGCAACGAGGUCACCCCCCGGAUCUACGUGGGCAACGCGUCCGUGGCUCAAGACAUCCCCAAGCUGCAGAAACUGGGCAUCACCCACGUCCUGAACGCUGCCGAGGGCAGAUCCUUCAUGCAUGUCAACACCAAUGCCAGCUUCUACCAGGACUCCGGCAUCACCUACUUGGGCAUCAAGGCCAAUGACACGCAGGAGUUCAACCUCAGCGCCUUCUUCGAAAAGGCCGCAGACUUCAUUGACCAGGCUCUGGCACAAAAGAAUGGCCGGGUCCUUGUCCACUGCCGCGAGGGUUACAGCCGCUCCCCGACUCUCGUCAUCGCCUACCUCAUGCUGCGGCAGAGGAUGGACGUCAAGUCAGCCCUGAGCAUCGUGAGGAAGAGCCGUGAGAUUGGCCCCAAUGAUGGCUUCCUGGCCCAACUCUGCCACCUCAAUGACAGGCUAGUCAAGGAGGGGAAAUUGUAACCCGGGCCUUCUCCCGCCUCUCCCGCGGAGGCCGACAGGGGAGGCCCCGGGGGAGUGGCCCCAGCCGCCAUGUUUAGGAAUCACAGUGUACCCUACUCUUAGCAUCACCAGCCACUUGCCACCGCCCCCCUCAGGAGCACAUAAAGUCGCUGGCUGAGAAGCCGCCCUCUG